AUGGCGUCCAUAACAUCAGCGCGGCUCCUGAUAUCGCCAGCACCAGCCGCGAUAGCGUCUUCUCGCCUCAUCCCCACCGCGACCUGCGUAAAGCUAACACCUUUCCUCGCAUCCCCAGCCACUCAGCGGCUCUUCCGCUCCGCCGCGCGGCAGCACCUCUCCGCCAGGCACGGCGCCAGACGCGGCGGUGCUCUCACCGCGCGAUGCGAUCUCACCGGCGGCGCGGGCCUGGGCCCCGAAGAGCUCGAAGCAUUUGUAACUGCCGUUAAGUCCGUGAGCGACGCGGCUCCACAUGACGUCAACUCGUUGAUGACCCUGGCUGUGGGACUCGGGUUACCAUGUAACGUCAUGGAGUGCGGCGACGCGAUCUACCUCUCCACUCUCGCGCACGAACACCACUUGACGGCGGCCGGCGCGGCGAUUCUGCUUCAAGUCGGCGCGUAUCUCUGGGCCACGCCGGGUGUCGCCGCGGGUUACUGGGACAUGUUCGUUCUCGCAAAGAUCGACCGCUUCUUUCGCAAAACGUACAAGCGAUCGGACCUCGUUCUCGGGAAAAAGAUCGGCGAGGGUGGGUUCGGAUCGGUGUACGUCGGUACGCUCGCGAAGGAUCCGGAUUUCAAGGUGAUCGUGAAGCGCGCCACGGAGUUUGGUGACGUGGAGCUCUGGAUGAACGAGCGCGUGCGGCGCGCGUGCCCGGACGUGUGCGCGGAGUUUCUGGGCGGAUUCAUGGUGAAGGGGAGCAAGGGGAAGACGGGCGCGGGGAAAUUCUUGGCUCCCGCGGCUACCGGCACGUCUGACGAGGUGUGGCUGGUGUGGCGGUACGAAGGCGACUCGACGUUCGCUGAUAUCCUCACGGACCGCGACUUCCCGUAUAACAUCGAAAAGUCACUGCUCGGCAAGCAGGCGCCGCCGGCGGACGAGCCACGUGGCCCGGAGAGGGAGCUCCACGUGGCACGCGAGGUCAUGCGCCGCCUGCUGACAUCCCUGGAGAAGCUUCACAGCCAGGGCAUCGUGCAUCGCGACGUGAAGCCCGAGAACAUGAUCUACUGCGAGGACAAGGGCGCGCUUAAAAUCAUCGACCUGGGUGCGGCCGCUGAUCUGCGCGUGGGGAUUAACUACGACCCCGACCAGUACCUGCUCGACCCGCGCCUGCUCGUCGCUCUUGGCACCCUCCUGACUGGUAACUUACCGGCACCUCCCUGCUCGUCUCUCUUAUCCCAACCGCCUCCCUCUCCUCCCCCGUCCAGCUACGCGGCACCAGAGGAGUACAUUAUGAGCACGCAAACGCCCAGCGCGCCGCCUGCCCCUGUUGCUGCCGCCCUUGCACCCAUCCUUUGGCAGAUGAACCACCCCGAUCGAUUUGACAUGUACAGCGCGGGUCUUGUGUUCCUCCAAAUGAUCUUCCCCUCGCUCCGCUCCGACACGGGUCUUGCCGCCUUCGCGCGCCAAUUCAAGAAACUCGACUACAACCUCACAGCGUGGCGUGAAAAGUUUGAAUUCCGAGCCACGGCGGACGAUAUGCGGCGACUUGAGCUGCUAGAUGCAGAUGGCGGCCAUGGCUGGGGGUUGCUAGAGGCGAUGCUAAGGAAGGAAGGAAAGAGGAGGAUCAAUGCCAAGGCGGCGCUUGCGCAUCCGUUUUUCCACACAAGGGAGGCGAGAUUGCUGAAGGAGAUUCGGAACGGGCUGUUUGUGCCCGGGCCUGCGCAUUUCGAGGGGGACGAGCCGCAGGCUUGGGUGACGGACCUGAUGGCUAGGUCCGGCACGCAGGAGGCAGGGGGGUUCACGGAAGUUUCGCUUCAGAUGUUCAAGGUGAGGACAGGGGGGUUGUUGUAA